CCACUUCAUAAAUCCCUUGAAAUAAACAAGGAAGUAUUCGUUCUUACCAUCUGUCAACCCCCAGCACGAUGCUGUCAGUUUAAAUUUGUAUUUUUUAAUUCAUAUUUUGCAUUCACACAGCAAUGACCCAAGAUACUGUUGUGCGCAUAUUGAUUUAGAAAAUUAUCGACAUACCGCCGCCGUUGUGAGAGGAACAUGGCUUGGUUAUCAUCAACUCUGGCGCUGUGCUGCUUAACAGUAACGGUAGGCCUACAUGUAAAUGAAAUUGAUGCAACAGCGAAAAUGAGAGUGAUGAAGUCAACUCAUAAUUUAGACUACGACGAGCGUACAUUCUCGCCAUCUACAUUUGCGCACAGCACCGUCAACUUCAGAUCCAAAAUAACUCCUCAACAAGUCACGGGAUUGGAGCCAGGUAACACCGCUCCAGCUUUCAAAGUGCCAACCCUGGAUGGAGAAUUCGUUUACCCGCCACUUGCCGGGUUGAAAGGGCCAUUGAUAAUUCAUUCUUUUACCAACAAGUCUGCCUUUUUGGAGUGCCUGUGGAACUCCGAGUCGUCACUAACCGACUUGGUCCAGGACCUACCCGAGAGCACCCAAGUCCUCUUCGUGUCUCUGGAUGACAGCUCUGUCAACGAUGCCUUAUGGAUGAGAGAUCAAGUCCUUCGUGUAGCACCGCAUAGAAAGCAAGAGGUUUUGUCCAGAUUGCACUUCUCCCCUGUUCCUGUAUUUGACUUGGGGAACUGGAUUCCCAGUGUGCUGUACUCUUGGGGUUGUUCGGGACACAACUGUGGCCUUUCUCAGGCAGUUUUUACCUCUACAGGGUGGAAAAUGCCUGUGACUGUCAAGAGACUUGAUGCGCGAUACGAUUGGCUGAUGGGUUGCUGGAGCCAGAGGAAACACCAGUUGAUUGAUGCAGGCGAUGGGUGUGAGCCCGCCCCCUCCGCUGCAGGUGCUGUUGCCUGGGUUUCCGAGGGCAACUGCUCCUUUUUCACCAAGGUGAAGAACAUGGCCAAGUCCAAUGCCACAGGUGUCCUUGUCCAUGCACUUCCUGGAAACCCGAUCCAGGAUAUGAACUGUGUGGGAGAUGAAUGUUCUACACCACUAGGCAUACCUGCUGCCAUGGUGCAUUGUGAGCCCUCUGUGGCCCAGGCCCUUAGAUAUGGGCACAUGGUGAACGUGUCCUUUCAGAGUACCCCCUCUCCAAACUUCUUCAUUGGCAUUGACCAGCAGGGGGCACUGUCUGAGAUGGGCUGGUUCCUCUACCCCUCCUUCAAAUUCAUCAACUGGCAGGCCCAGUGGUUUGAUUUCUAUGAGGGGCUUCAGACUAGACUCCGUGACCCAGCCUUGGUGGUGCCUGUGUUUGAGAUGGUCCAGAUGCAAGGACAGAGUGGAGCAGUAGCCACUGUGAACCUGCCUUCUGACAUGUUGGAUUUUGACAUGCUGGAGUUGGACGCGUCUCUGUCCUGUCCCAGCCAGAGGGAUGACUCCUGCGCCCACUGGGACCACACUGUGCAGCUGUUUGUGUGCUGUGACCAUUUCAGUCCCCACUGCAACAUGGAGAUGGGGCGCUGGAUAACAGCCUUCCGCAGAGGUAUUGGGCGCUGGCUCACUGAUGUUUCUCCCCUGGUGCCUCUGUUGAACAAUGGGAGAUGUACCUUCACCAUGAAGACUGUGCCUUGGGCCAUGCCCUGGGUGGUGUCCCUGAGUCUGAGAUUCAGCCACACAAAUCACUCAGCCAAUCACACAGACACGCUUUACCCCUUUAAGCUGAUGUCAUUGUACAGUGGAGGCACCUUUGACAAGGAAUACAACAAGAGAUACCAACCAAUCAAAUUCACUGUCCCAGCCUCAACAAAAAAGGUGGAGUUGUAUGCUGUGAUCACAGGCCACGGGAGCGACGAGAACGGUUUCGGCGAGUUCUGCGUGACAUCACACCACUUCCUCGUCAACGGAGCGUUCAAUAACACCCGUAUUUUUGACUCGGCAGGUUCAGCCCUGGGGUGUGCCAUGCGGGUGGGAGAGGGGGCGGUGCCCAACGAGCAUGGCACCUGGCUGUACGGGCGUGGAGGCUGGUGUGAUGGGCUACAGGUCAACCCCUGGAGGACUGACAUCACCACACAGCUGGACAUGAGUGGGAUUGAAGCCAAUACCCUGCUCUACUUUGGCCUUUACAGUGGACAGGACCCCAAUCCGUCUCACGACCCUGGCUACAUUGUCAUGUUCUCUUAUCUGGUGUUCUACAAGUAAAGUCUCCCUGACAACCUGAUUGUCUUGAAUGUGAAUUCUAAUGACUGUGAUUGAUGCGAAUGAAAACCAAUCAUGAUAAAAUAUGUAUUUUCUAAUCAGA